UUGGGCCUGCUGGCGGUCGGGGGGCCGCGCUUCGUGGAAAAAGUAGAUCUUCAACGCUACGAGAUCACUCGUCGUCUCGGGUCCGGGGCAGAUUACGACGUGCGUGCCGCAAUCGACCGCGAAACCGGGACUGAAGUUGCGUUGAAGCGUCCUGUCCCUCAGGCUGUUAGCCGCAAACAGCACGGUGCGAUCGAAGCCCGCACUGAACGCCUCUUGGCCGCCUACGACCGGGCAGGCGACGCGGGUGGCCUGCUGGCCCCCGUUCUUGGGUACGCCGACACCGCUGUCCACGACGAUUUCUUCGGCGAAGACCUCGGCGAGCCUUAUACCGUGUUUGUACAGGAGCUCGCCCCGGGAAUCCCGCUCUUGGGAGACAUGAUGUCCCGGUUCACGGGAGUCCCUAUAGGCGCUGGACAAAACCUCUUCGCCAUGUUCCCCUUGAUACAGGCGAACGGCGCCCCUCCAUUUCCUGUACACAAUCAAUUGCUCGACCUUGAGCAGUCCUACCUGGAAGCAGGGUUCAUUCUGAUGGACCUAAGGCCGCAGAACGUCUUUUACCAGCCGGGUGCGGCACGAAUCCAGGUAAUCGACUCCGGUGCGCUGGCGGGAAUCAACGACCCGGCGCCCAGGGGCAGGCCGCCGCUGGACGUCAACGACGCCUGUCUUGAGCUGCUCAAGUUCUACAGCACGCCCGAUGAGCCGCCGCAGGACGCAGCGGGCUACCGGGACGCCCGGGGUGUGAGGCCAAUCGUAAACAUCCAGCAGGAGCUGAUGGAGAUUCGCCGGAGUCUGCUGGGCUCCGGAGAUGAGGUCUCAGCGUCGGCGGAAGUUAUCCUAAGCAAAAUAGAGUCCCGGUCCUACUCGGACUACAAGCCAUUCAGAACCGACUUAGCAGCUUUCCUUGGGGCCAUCUCUGGACGAAACCGCGGCUUGGACGAGUUCGAAUCAGCCAGGGCCGCUUGGCGGGAAGCCCUGGACUGGCUGCGGGGAGACUACUGGACCCGCUUCAAAUUCGACGCGGACACGGAACUGGCGGUGUAUGCCGACUGA